AUGGCUCGUUCCUCGAAGCCCGCCUUCUGGGCCCUCUUCCUGAUGGUCCAGCUCGGCCUCGCCUCCACCGUCGCCGAGAAAAUUGGUCUGACGAGCAAACCCGUGGCAUCGCUGAGCCUCGAGGAGAUUGACGAGCAGCUGCAGCAAUGCUCGAUAGUCCAAUCUCUAACCUCGUCCAAACUCGCCUCCCUCUCCGAAACCCCCUCCCUCCUCUCCCGCGCCUUCGGAACCCUCUUCCCCGGCUCCCCCGCCGUAAACGCCCUCCUGGCAACCCUCUACAUCUCCGGCCCGCCCAACUUCCUCCUCGCCCUCUGCCCGACCGACAUUGACCCCUCCUCCCUCUCCGUCAUGGUCGCCUUCGCCGUCGGAGGGCUCAUGGGCGACACCCUAUUCCACCUCCUCCCCGAAAUCUUCCUCGGCGAGGACGAGCCCGAGCGCGCGAGAUUGGUGCUCGUCGAACCGAACCGUAACCUGUUGCUCGGCGUCGCGAUCCUGGUGGGCUUCAUGACGUUCGUGGCCAUGGAUAAGGGGUUGAGGAUCGCUACGGGCGGGGCAGGGCAUUCGCAUGAUCACGGACACUCGCACGCGCAGGAGCACGGGGAGGCCAAGGCCGAGGGCGUGUCGUCUGCCGUGGAGAAGGCGGGCGAAGUCACCUCGCGCAACAAGAAGAAGAAGGGCGGCGCCGGCACCGACUCCGGAUCCGGAUGCGACGACGCCGUGGACAAGCCGGAGAAGGAGAUGAACCCCAGCGUGAGACUCGGAGGCUACCUGAACCUGAUCGCCGACUUCACGCACAACAUCACAGACGGCCUCGCCAUGUCCGCCAGCUUCUACGCAUCCCCGACCAUCGGCGCAACCACCACGGUGGCCGUCUUCUUCCACGAGAUCCCCCACGAGGUCGGCGACUUUGCCCUCCUCGUGCAGUCCGGCUUCAGCAAGCGCGCCGCCAUGGGCGCCCAGUUCGUCACGGCCCUCGGCGCCCUGCUCGGCACCCUCAUCGGUAUCGCCGUCCAGGAGCUUGGCGGAAGCGGCUCCAGCUCCGGCGAGGGCGGUAUGCCGCGCAACGCGGGGCUCUGGGGUACCAGCUUGACCCUGGGCGACCUGCUUCUCCCCUUCACCGCGGGCACGUUCCUCUACGUGGGCACCGUCGCCGUUAUCCCCGAGCUGCUCGAGACGGGCCCGAACAAGAUGGCCGAGCUGCGCAAGACCCUCGUUCAGUUUGCCGCCAUCGCUGUCGGUGCCGGCAUCAUGCUGUACAUCUCGUGGCACGACUAG